AUGCGCCGUUUGACUCUACAGGGGGCUCGGUGGCAUCAACAUGGCAUCUCCAUCCGUUGUAUCAACCCGGCCUCCCUUCUAUUUGCACCAACCCGCCGUCCAUUCUCUUCCACUUUUCGGCCAUAUGACGAAGACAAGAAACAAGGGGACGUCGUACGGUACUAUGAGCAGUCCACCCUUGGGAGCACCGAUCGAAUAGAAAUAGAUCUGGACGCGGAAGACUUGGCAGAGGAGAAGGCUCUGAAGGCCAGGAUCGCCGAACUUGAACAGCAGCUUGCGGAGAUAAAACAGGAGCCUUUUGCACCCAACAGCCCCUUGAUGCAAAGGUUCUCCGAGGAGGAACGGGUAAAAGUGUUGGAAGCGCUGCGCAAAUAUGACACGGAACAUAAAGACGAAGAAGUGCAAUUGGAGGAAGAAGAGGCAAAACUCGACACCAAAUAUGACGAUAUAAUGGGCCAAAAAUUCAAGGAAUUGAAAGACCAACAGGAAUACCUAUGGGAUCCGACUAAAUUCCCGGAUGAACCUUCUCCGGCGCCAAAGAAAGCAUUCGAAGUUGAAUUGACCGUGCCUGAUACCCAGCAAGCCUCUAUAGCUCGAUUCAACCAAACGCUGAACGCCCUCCGCAGCAACCCAUCCUUCCCUCAGAGACAAGAUGCAUGGAGAUCGUAUAGACGUUGCAAAGAAGCGUUGCCCUUCUUCCUUGAUAUGAUCCCGGAAGAAGGUCUUCAGAUGCUUUGGCGGUCUCAAGUACCCCAUUCACAUGAGGAGUCUUCUCGUCUGUUACACUGGGAAACACUUGGUGACGAUAUCCUUUCAAGUGGUCGCGACUUGGGUGCGACUCAAUGGCUGGAAUAUCUUGGGCUUCUACGGCAAAAUGGCAAAUCUGAGAAGGCGCUUUCACUCUGGGAAGGACGCGCACAGGACAUAAGACAAUGCAGUCCUGAAGAUAUCGAAAAAUAUCUUAAAUUGGGGAUUCAGAUACAUGUCGCACUCAAUAAACCUGAGCGUGCUCGAGAUAUUGCGAUGGCGUACUUUGCAGCAGACACGUCUCGUGAUCCUCGAGUACUGAUACCGGUUAUAACUUCAUGGGCGCAGAAAUCUACCCAGAAAGCUAAGGAGGAGGCGUGGACUUUAUAUCUUCAGGUCAAAACUAUGUUAGGACCUGACAUCAAUAUGCAAGAUUAUGAUUCUAUCAGCACUGGCCUACUCAAAGCUGGCCAAGUAGAGCUGGCCAUGGCUGUCUUUAAGGAUAUGAUGCUCACUGGCCAGCAGUCCAGUUCCGAGUCCAUGUGUCUUUUCAAAGCGAAUCUUGGCCUAUAUGACCAUCUUCACGCCUCUAGCAUAAGCGCUUCAGACGUGAACAAAGUCUCCCUUGCGGCUCUGACGAUAUUGCCUCGCAAGUUUCAGAAUAAAUUCUUUUAUGCCAGUUGGAUAAAGAAGUUAAUUGGAAUGAAUGAAGUCGACGCAGCCGCUUCUGUUGUGGAGCUAAUGUACGAGCGGGGUGUUAAGCCUGAUUCAAAGCAUUUGAACGGCAUUAUAGGAGCAUGGCUUCGUGCGGGAAGCCCAUCUGCUAGAGACAAGGCAGAACAACUUGGGUGGGCAAUGAUUCAAAAGCGGAUUGAUUGGAUUUGUCAAAAUAAAUCAAGCGAGCCAUCCAUUCACGACAUGGAAAGGCAUAUUAAUAUCCCUAAACACAUGCAGAGACCCGUUCCGGCAGCGAAUAUCGAAACCUUCUCAAUUCUACUUCUUCACUAUACUCGACGGGAUCGGGAGGAUAUGGUGAACCACCUCACAGAGUGCCUUAACAAAGCGCAAAUAAAGCCGAAUACCUUCUUCAUGAAUCACCUGCUUUACAGGGAACUCCGAAAACAAAACAUAUCGGGUGUAUGGACGAGAUAUAAUGAAAUGACGAGCACCAUCAAGCCUGAUUUGGAGACGUUUGCCUGUCUCUAUGACUGUGGGAAAAUUCAAUAUGAUCGCACCAGGUUCAAUUUUGAUGCAAAAUUCCCACCUGCCCGUUCGCUGUACAAAGAAAUGAUUCAAUGGUUCAACAAUACAACCGCACAUGAACAAAAGAAGACAAAACAGGCAUUUUCCAAAGAAUUAUACGACCAAAUUGUGCGAUGCUUUUGUUUAUCACUUGAUCCUCAGGGGGCCCUGGUCGCGCUUCGAUCCAUGAAGCAGAUCUUCGGGUUCUCCCCAGACCUCGACACCACCCGUAUCCUUAUAUUCCUUCUUGUUCGCUUGGCCCCUGCUCAGCCUGGCAUCUCUAAACCUCGCCGGCGACGUAUCGCAUCGACUCCCCGCGCAAAGGAAAAUUUCGAGCAGAUUUCCCAGCUUUUAGCCGCAGUGAAGGAUCGAAAAGUUGCGGUUAUGUCUCGACAAGGGCUCGAACUGGACGAGUUGGGUGAAGAGGAGAAGAAGACCUUCCAGGUCGAGCUGCUGUGUGAUCUUCUACGGCUAGUCAUGGGUCGAAUCAAAGGGAACGCGGAGAAGACGGAGAAAAGCAUCCAAGCAGCAGCUGAAGAGAUGGGAGUGAGCGAGGUGGACCUUGGUGUACUAUCAGAUCUGGAACUACCUUGA